AUGUGGAGGACGGUUUGCUCGCAGCUCGCCCCAUGGCGAUAUGCCGCCCCCGGCGGCGCCGCCUUGCGCAACCGCGCCGCCGCCGCCGCCUUGCGCAACCGCGCCGCCGCCGCCGCCUCCAUCUCCUCCUCUCCCUCCCCCUCCUCCUUCCAGAAGACCGCCCCCCUCUUCUCCGCCGAUUCUGGUAAUGCUUCGUUGAAGAAGAGGGUAGAGGAUGUGAUCCCGAUCGCCACCGGGCACGAGCGGGAUGAGAUCGAGGCCGAGCUCGAGGGGAGGAAGAUAUUCGAUAUGGAGGCUCCAGUCGGUCCGUUCGGCACCAAGGAGGCCCCUGCUGUCAUCCAGUCUUCUUAUGACAGGAGAAUAGUGGGUUGCUCUGGUGGUGAAGCAGCCUCCAUGGUGGGUGUUAUUGCUGGAGUAAUCUCAAGGUGGUUGACUUCCGAUGAACCCUUUGAGCGGAAAGUUGCAUAUUUGGUUUAAAGUUUGUUACAUCGCCACGGGGAACUAAUGUGGUGGAAGGGCUGCAGUCAAACAUGACUUAAAGCAUUAGAUAGAUUUGGGGCGACAGAAAUGUCAAACAAAAAAAAAAUGAUAACCUUCUUGGCUAUUAUAGACGUGCCGCAAGCGGAUGUGUACAAGGAGAUACUGCAGACGAAGUUGGUCAAGAGAGAAUGGGCAGCAUGGUAAAAAGGCUUACUUUAUCUUAUUAUUA